AAUACGUCAGCUGUUCUAAUGAGAAGAAAAAUUGACUUCCUUCUCUCUAGAACAGUCCCUGGGCUCUUCUCUUGAAGCUGAUGCAAAGAGACUCAGAGGCUCGGGGAACUAAGAUCUGCUAGUUCCAUCUGUUCAUCCGGAAACUGGGGACCGAGGAGGGACAAGGCUUUGGCCCUGGUGGCGCAGUGAGUUACCAGCCAGGCUGGGCUAGAGCCCCAAGUCCUUGUCCGUUGUUGUUUUCCCACCAUCUGCAUGGGAAGUUUUUUGAGAGCAGAAAUUUAUGAGCACUUUUCUGAAGACUAGAGGCCAAGAGUAUCCAUCCCCUUUCAGCUCUACGUUUACCUACUUCUCAUGCAACCUCUGCAAUUUAGGAGUGUGACACAGUCAAAAAGGAGAAAAAGAGCUACGGGCAAGACAGUUGCCGCUGAAACUGGAGAGGGAGCUCUGUCAAGAGCGUGGGGCUGCUCCUGGACUCGGAGCUCACCCACAGGACAGGGGCGCUCGGCCAUGGAGUGAACCCUCAGCUUGGGUCUCAGAGAAGGCAGAGGACAUGGCCGAAGAAGCCAAUCUGCAUUCCCUCCGGGAGUUAGAACGUGAGGAGAUCCUCCAGGUCCUGUACCGCGACCAGACGGUUCGAAACAUCGAGGAGGAAAGGAUACGGAAACUGAAGAUGCACCUGCAGCAUCUCCGCUGGAAGGGCGCGAAGAGAGUGAGCCAGGAGUACAAAGAGAAGUCGUGUGCCCGCUGCCAGCGCAUCCUGGGGCUUCUGUUGAACCGGGGGGCCGUGUGCCAGGGCUGCAGCCACCGCGUGUGCUCCGAGUGCCGAGUGUUCCUGAGGAGGACCCAGGCCUGGAAGUGCACCGUGUGCUUCGAGGACAGAAAUGUGAAAAUAAAAACUGGAGAGUGGUUCUUUGAGGAACGAGCCAAGAAAUUUCCAACUGAAGGCAAACGCGAGACAGCUGGAACAAAGCUCUUGCAAUCUUAUCAGAAACUGAGCAAAAUUUCCGUGGUUCCUCCUACCCCACCUCCUCUCAGCGAAAGCCAGUGCAGCGGCAGCCCUGGCAGGUUACAAGAACUUGGUCAGUUUAAAGGAUUUAAUAAGUCCAUGGAAAAUUUGUUUCUGUCUGUUGCCACCCACAUGAAAAAGCUCUCCAAGUCCCAGAAUGACAUGACUUCUGACAAGCAACUGCUAGCCACGGGUCCCAGGCAGUGCACGGGCCAGUCGGAGAGAAGGAGCCAGUCUGACACUGCCAUCAACGUCACCACCAGGAAGGUCAGUGCACCAGAUAUUCUGAAACCUCUCAAUCAAGAGAGUCCCAAACGCCCUCCUAACCCUGUUUUGAAGCAAGAGGAUCUCUCGUCCAGUCCACCACCCAACACUUUAUUUUCAGGAGGCUUGAGACAUGGAAGUUUAAUUAGCAUUAACAGCACUUGUACAGAGAUGGGCAAUUUUGAUAACGCUAAUGUCACUGGAGAAAUAGAAUUUGCCAUUCGUUAUUGCUUCAAGACCCAUUCUUUAGAAAUAUGCAUCAAGGCCUGUAAGAACCUUGCCUAUGGAGAGGAAAAGAAGAAAAAGUGCAAUCCGUACGUUAAAAUCUAUCUGCUGCCUGACAAAUCCUCUCAGGGAAAACGCAAGACUGGAGUCCAAAGGAACACUGUGGACCCAACCUUUCAGGAGACCUUGAAGUACCAGGUGGAGCCCGCCCAGCUGGUGACCCGGCAGCUGCAGGUCUCUGUGUGGCACGUGGGCAUGCUCACCCGGAGGGUGUUUCUUGGGGAAGUGAUCAUUCCUCUGGCCACGUGGGACUUUGAAGACAGCACGAUGCAGUCGUUCUGCUGGUAUCCACUCGGGGCCAAGGCAGAGAAAUACGAAGAUGGUGUUCCUCCAAAUUAUGGAGAACUCGCAGUCCGGGCCAAGCUGGUCCUCCCUGGAGGGCCCAGAAAGCUCCAGGAGGCUCAAGAAGGGACAUCAUCUAACGGUCAACUCUGUUUGGUAGUCCUGGGAGCCAAGAAUUUACGUGUGCGCUCAGACGGUACCUUAAACUCAUUUGUUAAGGGCUGUCUCACGCUGCCAGACCAGCAGAAACUAAGACUCAAGUCCCCGGUCCUGAAGAAGCAAGCUUGUCCCCAGUGGAAACACUCCUUUGUUUUCAAGGAUGUAACCCCCUCUCAGCUGAGGCAAGCCAGCCUCGAAUUAACCGUUUGGGACCAGGCCAUCUUUGGUGUGAGCGACCGCUUGCUGGGAGGAGCCAGGCUCAGUUCCAAGGAAGAUCCAGCUGGUGGCACCGACUCAUGCUCGCAAUCAAAGCUUCAAUGGCAGAAAGUUCUUUCCAGCCCCAAUUUAUGGACAGACAUGACUCUCAUCCUGCACUGAAGCGAAGGUUCGUUUGCAGCAGGUGUUUCAAGGGUCACGUGCCUAAAGGUCGCUGAAGAACAGGCUGUGGAUACACAGCUGGAAGAGGCCCUCUGGAGUGUUCACCUCCAUCUACAGCUCUGUCGUGUACCUAAAAUCUUCCAUAUCCCUCUGUGUAUAUUUAAGUUAAACAGAGCAAUUAAUUUUAUAAGUCUCAGGUUGGUUAUCUGUGAUUUGAGAGAUGUGGAAAACAGCCCAAUUUCAAUAAAUGUUCAA